AGUCAACUCGUAAUACCGUUAACGCAAACAUGCUACGCGUAACGGGAAAUCUAGGCACCUCGGUGUUCCUACUUCUUACGAUUUUGAGCGUCGGAGUUUAUGCUGCGCCUCCGAUUGGUCGAGUGGUGAAUGGCACGGAUGCACGUGUGGAGAAUUAUCCCUUUGUGGUUUCAUUGCGUGGUAUAAGAGGUGAUCAUUCCUGCGGCGGCUCCAUCAUUUCACCAGAGUUUGUGCUGACAGCAGCUCAUUGUACUUAUGGACUCGCCCCCUCCCUACUCUCCGUGCAGUAUGGCGUGACCGAUAUCAGCGCCAAGGGACCCAAUGUUGUUGCUGUCAAGCGAAUCAUUCUGCACGAGGCCUACAAUCCAUACAACCCAGCUUCUAACCAUGCCAAUGAUAUUUCGUUGCUUCAGGUUGCGGUACCUUUUGAAUUUGACUACAAAACUGUUGCUCCUGUUCAGUUGCCAGCGCUGAACUUCGAAACACCGCAACUGGAGGAGGGUGGAGCCGGAGAACUCAUCGGUUGGGGAUUGAAUGCGACGGACGGUAAAAUGCAGACAACACUACAACAGGUUCCUCUGAAGAUCUACUCCGAUGAGGAAUGCUCUCGACGUCAUAAGUUAGCUGCUAAUCCGCGUUAUCACAUUUGCGGAGGUGUUGAUGAGGGCGGCAAGGGGCAAUGCACCGGUGAUUCUGGCGGUCCUCUCUUGUUUAACGGCCAGCAGGUUGGCAUUGUCUCCUGGAGCGUCAAGCCAUGCGGUGUGGCACCUUAUCCUGGGGUUUUUUGCAAGGUCGCCAACUAUAUAGAUUGGAUUGAAAGAAAACUAAUAGCUAAUUACAAAUAAAACGAAUCGAUUUUAAUAUA